UUGCUUAGACACAAACCUACCGAUCUGUCUUUCCUCGUUCUCAAUCAGUGCGAUCUGAGCUUCGCAAAUGGAGAUGGAAACGGUUCCCGGCGGCAACUCCCCGGCCUCCACCACUAGCACCACCUCUACCGCCGCCACUCCCGCUGUUCCCUCCCCCGCCGCAACCUCGUCGAAGCUGAGCCAGCUAACGGAGUCCCUGAAACUGGAGCACCAGUUCCUCCGCGUCCCUUUCGAGCACUACAAGAAGACGAUCCGCUCCAACCACCGUAUCGUCGAGAAAGAAAUCUCUGCCGUCAUUUCUGGAGUCGGAGACGCCACUGACUCUGACUUAUCUGGCGAUGAAGCCGCUCAACGCCUCAAUUCUCUCGUCUCCAGGCUGCAAGGUCUUAAACGGAAGUUGGAAGAGAGCGGUAGAAUGGAGAACUUGCAAGCACAGAGAUGUCGAGCACGGCUUGACCACCUAGAAUCAAUGGAUGUGGAGAAUUUAUCAGAUUGGAAUCGCACCCGCUUGAAACGUAUACUGGUGGAUUAUAUGUUGAGGAUGUCUUACUAUGAUACUGCUACAAAGUUUGCUGAAAGUAGUAACAUUGAGGACCUUGUUGAUAUUGAUGUAUUUCUUGAAGCAAAGAAGGUCAUUGAUGCUCUCCAUAACAAGGAGGUAGCCCCUGCUUUGGCAUGGUGUGUAGAUAACAAGUCCAGGCUGAAGAAAUCAAAGAGCAAAUUUGAAUUUCAGUUGAGACUGCAAGAGUUUAUAGAGAUGGUAAGAGCUGAAAACAUGAUGCGAGCUAUCACAUAUGCUCGGAAGUAUCUGGCACCUUGGGGAUCUACCCAUAUGAAAGAGUUGCAGAGGGUCAUGGCCACACUUGCUUUUAGGAGUAAUACUGAAUGUGCAAUAUACAAGGUUCUAUUUGACGCAAAGCAAUGGGAUUACCUAGUUGACCAAUUCAAACAGGAGUUUUGCAAAUUAUAUGGCAUGACUCUUGAGCCAUUGCUGAAUAUAUACCUUCAAGCUGGCCUUUCUGCACUCAAAACUCCACUCUGUUAUGAAGAUGAUUGUACAAAGGAGGACCCCCUGUCACAGGAGAGUUUCCGCAAAUUAGCACAACCACUACCAUACUCAAAACAGCAUCACUCAAAACUCGUUUGCUAUAUAACAAAGGAGUUAAUGGAUACUGAAAACCCACCGCUUGUCUUGCCCAAUGGCUAUGUCUACAGCACUAAGGCACUUGAAGAAAUGGCCAAGAAAAAUGAUGGGAGAAUCACAUGCCCCCGCACCAGCUACACCUGCAACUAUACAGAUCUAGUGAAGGCAUAUAUUUCAUGAGUGAAUCGUUCCCAGCUGGUUUGUCCAGUGAAAUCUGGGGAAGUUCCUUAAUAUUCUGACAACUGCUUUGGACCAGCUCAUAUCAGCUCCUGCAAAAAUGCUUUAGGAGUCUUACUCUCUGAACUUUAUACUGUGUGUCUUAACAUGUCACAUGUACAUAAUGAACUUUGCGUCUUUGCCUGUAAUUAGUGGGUAUUUAUUUAACUGUUGUUAUUUUGAGGCAGAAAUUGCUUCCACUAUUACUGCAACAGUUUGAUAGUGUCAUUGUGCUGCGAAUUUUCUCAUUUAUCAAAUAUGUAUCUGCAAGUCUCCUCGUUUUGCUAA